AUGGAGUCUACAGGAAUAUUCGACAUGGGCGUGAUUCCUUGGGAGCCACCUCUGUCAGGCGAGACGCAUUUAAAGCAGCAGAUUGAUUCGCAUUUAGGGCGGCUGCAGCAAGGCAAUGCGCAUGCAGCUGCUUCCUACCUGCAAGAACUAGAUCAAAAACUGCCGCAAGAACAAAAUGCUCAUGCCCAAAAUCUCCAAUUAUUCGAUGCAGAAAGGGAUCUCGUCGCUGUCCAACAUCCACUAAGCAAAGCCCCCGAACGUAUAACUAUUUCGGACGAUCGAAGCGCAGGUAGCAAUAUGGAUGUGCGGAAUCUGACAGCGCUCAAAGAUCGUACUGGUCCUCGUUCGACUCCAGACCCGGGUCCGCCUUCAGGAGUCUCCCCGACAUCUUAUGGCAAUCGGAUAAGAACGCAUGCCAUCGGUACUCAUAUCAAUCAGAAGAAUACGACCAUAAUAAGCGACGAAAGCGAUUAUCAGCGGGUCCAGUCGUCACUAGGACGCAGGCGCUUGCAGCAGCGGUUUGGCAGACUGCAUUUUGAACAUGUUCCUGCUGAUGGCGUACAUGUGCCCGCUGAAGAAGACCCCAAAGAUCAUCCGACAGCACAUACUUUCUUAAAGUCUCCUCGGAUCUCACAGCCGAAAUUUGUCCCCAGAGGUCAGUGGAUUGACGAUGUUGAGCGCACCGACACCAGCAGCCAGAUUAAGCUGGCCCACAUACAGAUGCUUCAACAAAAGAUAGUGGGAAUGCAAAAGGAGUUGCAGGAUUUAGAAGAACAGAAGCUUGGAAACAUGGAGAAACAGUAUCAGGUCAUAUAUCGAAUCGGUCGUACUUGUUACUUCGAUCAUCCCGAAUGGACGCAAGGCCGCAAGUCGAUCGUAUCACGCAUUCCAGUCAAAAACCUCGAUUUGUUCUUAGAGAAGAAUAAGAAUAUUGUUUUAAUAGUGUACCGCGACUUCGAGCCUUCAUCCUCUAGGAAAAGAGGCACCAAAAUCGCGUGCGCGCAACCGAAGAACGUUCGGGAGAGUAUCCGUCCCACCAAUAGACGACUUCGAAAGAUCUUUGAGACUAUGCUUGCCCAAGACUGGCGAUAUGAUUCAUAUUUACAGCAUUUACGUAAGACUGGAGAGAUCGACGCCCCAUAUCUAUUCGUCUUUCACAAGAGACGAAAUUGGAAGGAUAUGAUGGAGCAAUUCCCCCGCGCGGUUCAGGAGCACCUGAACCUCUUCGCAAUCUAUGUAUCGGACAAUUACGGAGACGAGUAUACGGCGGCGGACGCUCUUUUUGCACGGCGAGAACUAUCUAUUGAGUUGGUAAAGUACUUCUUCCAGCCAGGAGACAUUCUGGUCUCGCGAGCUAUGGGCGAGUUUCGAGGGUAUGUAGCAGACUCUUGGCCUCAAGAUUCACCGUCAGCGACAUUCAAAGGAUCUAGGCACCCAUGGUACCAACCAGUCGCGCGUGGACCUACUGAUCCUCACUGGCAAUCUGAUGACGAUGACUCGGAUUUCGAAUCAGAUGACGUCGGCGACGAGAACGAAAAAGAUCCCGACCUCAUUGUUCGGGAAAUCAGAAUGCGGGCGUCUGCUUCGAUGAAGAAAGAAAUGGACAAAGAAUCAGUGUCUGUAGAGUCAUCGAGCGAAGAGUUUCCAAUCAGUGUCUAUAAGUGGAGCUUCGACGGAGACUUUAAGCGAGAGGCUGAUAAACUCGUCCUCAAAUUCUCUCAUCCUGAAGGGAAUGCUUCCUUGAACACCAGGACAUGGAGCAUAGACGACUUAGAAGUAUACCCUCUCAGCUUUGCCCCUCCGGAAGUUGUGCAAAAGCUUCACCGACGAGGGACAAUGUUUUGGAAGUGUCGCAAGCAGUGUCUGAUGUCGUAUCGGGAAACAAGUGCAGAUGUACACAAUGAGUCUGAUGAGCGUUUCGUGAUUGACUUCCGCACGUUCAAGAAACUGCACCCAGAGAACAAGGGUCAUGCCAUAAUCAACUCGGUUGAGACUUUAAGUCAAACAGAAAUGGAACAACCGGAGCCACCUGACGAAGCCUUCUAUUACCUCGUCCCUCCCCAGUCCAAGGGUUUUAACCUGCGAACGAAGAAAUGGUUAGAUCUCAACAUGGAUCAAGUACACCCUGUUGUCUGGAACCAGCAAGCUUUCGACUCGUUAGUCCUGGACCAAGACAGAAAAACGAAGGAGCUGAUCACAGCCCUAGUGAGCAAACAGAUAUCAGCUGCAAAAUCGACGGAUGUUAUUGCUGGUAAAGGUAAUGGUCUUAUUUUGCUACUGCAUGGAGGUCCAGGUACGGGAAAGACAUUGACGGCAGAAGGCGUAGCCGAAAUUGCGAAGAAGCCUCUAUAUCGGUCAGUGCUUCAUCUGGGUAAAAUUUGGGAUUGCGUGGUUCUGCUUGACGAAGCAGAGGUAUUUCUUGAACGGAGAAGCCUCGAUGACCUGCAGCGUAACGCGCUUGUCUCUGUUUUCUUGCGCGUUAUCGAAUAUCACGAGGGAAUUCUCAUCCUCACCAGCAACCGGGUGGGAACUUUCGAUGAAGCAUUCCGCUCCCGGAUCCAGAUUGCGAUUCACUACCCUCCCCUACGUCCUUUCCAAAGACUCCAGAUCUGGAGAAACUUCUUCGACCGGCUUGAAUCGUUCAAAGAUGGCAAGGUCGAUGUUGACGAGCUGCGCGACCAUCUAGAGGAGCUUCAGGGUAUUGAGAUCAACGGACGUCAGAUACGUAACGCGAUCACCACUGCUCGGCAAUAUGCUGAGUGGAAGGAAAAGGGGCCCAUGAACUAUGAGCAUCUCAAGAUAGCACUGGAUGUGGCUGGGCGAUUCAAUACCUAUUCCGAAAAACUGCGAGGUGGUCUGACGGAUGAUCAGAUCGCCGAGGAAGAAGGAAUCCGUUGA